UUCACAAUACCUUGCAACCUAAUCUAUGUGAGUUGAGUAAAAGCGUUAUGUAUUGUAAGUCUAUGCAGCUAAUACUGUGGAGCUUAAGAAGUUACGGUAGCCACUAUUAUUGUUUCUUGAGAUCUUUAGCUUAAAAGAGAAAAGUUUGCAAGCAAAAGAUUGAACUUAGUCUCGAUUUUUUAAUUGCCCUGAUUUUUUAAUUUUUUAUUUGUUCGCUUCAUGUUAUAAUUCCUCAAAAGAAUUAUUUGAUGGACCAAAAAAAAAAUCCUCCUUACAGUUUCCCCCACAAGCAUCCAAAAGAUUCCAUUAAAUGCAUUUUCAUCGUCUUCUACAACCCUCAAUCUUCGAACUUGUUUAAAUAAACCCCCUCGUUAUCCUUCCCCAUUACUCCAUCUCUAUAAACUCAAAUUUCAUAUCACUUCCUUCUUAAAAUGGCUUCCAAAUCUCUUUCUUUACCAACCAUUCUGUUGCUCUCUCUUCUCCUUUGCUCAGCUCUGGCCACCCCAUGCGACCAACCCAAAACCAAGCCAGCACCGUCAGUGCCCAAGAAAAAACCCGCCAUCCCCAAAAUAAUCCGGCCACCGGCGGCAUCUUCUCCGGCAGUACAAUCGAGUUACUGUCCAAAAGACACCUUGAAGUUGGGCGUUUGUGCCGAUAUUCUUGGAAUUGGGAGUGUCGUAAUUGGGAGCCCUGUUUCGAACGAGUGCUGUGCUCUUCUUAGUGGGCUGACAGAUGUUGAAGCUGCUGCUUGUCUUUGUACCGCCAUUAAAGCCAAUGUUCUUGGAAUUAACUUGGAUAUCCCUGUUUCACUCAGUUUGCUCAUCAGCUCUUGCCAAAAAACUCUUCCCGCUGGCUACCAGUGUAAAUGAUCAAAGUUUGGUUUUUGUUUAAUGGGGUUUCUUUGUUUUGGUUGGUAUUUAAGUUCUGUGUGGGUCAAAUAAACUUUUGCCUUAAUUCGGGUGAGCUUUUGUUUUUCUGUCAUCAAUCAUCAUUAGUAAUUACUCUCUAGCAAGUGUUAUAUAUUAUUAAUUUCACCCUGUGAUUUGUGUUAUUUCGUUUCAUUUGUCUUUGAUGUAAUUUUUUCUCUAAAUAUGCCUACUAGUUUUUCA